AACAUAGGAGGUUACAAGUUACAAGUGAUUCUAUUCUCUGGGAGGUUAGAUUCAGAUGAAAUGUUAUGCAAGCAAUGAAAUUACUUUGUGCUUUUAUUAGUACAUAUUUGAAAUGAGAAUAGGCUGGCUACAUAAAUUAGUGAACAAAUGGCCUGGGAAAAAGACAUUUGGCAUGUAUAGGUUCUUGCCCAUAUUCUUUGUUCUGGGAGCAUCUUUGGAGUUUUCAAUGAUUAACUGGAGAGUGGGAGAAGUGAACUUUUACAAUACUUUUAAAAAGAGGCAAGCACACGACAUUGUUGAAGAUAAAAUCAAGAAGUAUUCGUCACUUUGA